CUGGACCACGAGGAGUAUGCCUGUAGAAAUAUUCUCAACUAGGUAGCGUAGCUCCGUAGCAACGUCGUCGGCUACCAACCCACGAACCAUUUCCCUUCGUUUUCCCGGGCUGGACCUGGACUUUACCAUACGCUACGCGCGAGUCAACACCUGAACCGCCCCCUCCUCCGUCCGACUUCCACAUCGACCAUCCACCUCUCCUCUGGACGUCCCGAAGGAUCUUCACAGAUCAUUCAUUUGAUAUGAUUGAAUCAUAUCCAUCACUCAUUCUCCGAUACCGUCCCUCAAUUACUCGCACAUCAACAAACAUUCACUUUGCCUUCUGAUUCACCCACAUUUUGUACAUUCAGCAAUUCUACUUCGUUUCCACUAAUACUUUUUAUUGUAUCCAUUUCCAAUUCCCAUCUUCCAAGCUUCUGCGCUGUUUGGAGUAAUCAUCACCCCCCCCCACGACCAUUCCCACCUAAACCUCCUCGAAUUCCCGCGCACAUAUUAAUCCUCCAUAGACAAUCAUAACGAUAAUCUGGUGUGCCAUUCAUAGCGACGAGGGGGGAGUGGAGUGGAACUGGCGGGAGCUAAACCAUAGUGAUUGGGCCGGCGCAUCUUCUAGAGGACAUCUUCAUACAAUACCGCCAUCAUGUCGAAUUCAACUUUCUCCCUACCUACCAGCACGACAAUGUCUGCAACGCCUACCGAGACCAGUGCUGUGCCCACUGCCGUCCGGUCGGGCGCUCCUGGCUCGGCUCAGAACUCUCAAGGAAUCAGUCUCCUAACCUUUGUGACGGCCUUGGUCUCGUCGUUGGUCAUUUUCGGCGUUCAGAUGUUCUUGUUUAUUCUUCUGAAAAACAAGCUUGCGCGUAUUUUGUGAGUCUUCCUAUGUCAUGACUGCAUUUCUACCGUUUGAUUUCCUUGACUUUGGCUAAUGUAAAGUAGCAAACCAAAAACUUAUUUAGUGCCUGAACGAGAACGGACCGAAGCCCCUCCUGGAACGCCUUGGGGGUGGCUGUUUGCAAUUUUCCGAUUUCGAGACCGAGAGAUUAUCAACAAAUGCGGUCUGGAUGCCUAUUUUUUCCUCCGUUAUCUUCAAACCCUCGUCUUUAUUUUCAUACCCUUGGCGGUCAUUCUGCUCCCCAUCCUACUUCCGUUGAACUACAUGGAUGGUAGAGGAGGGCGUUAUGCUUUGGAAAAUGGCAACUCGACAGACUCAAAAUUCGCAAAUGUCACAGGAUUGGAUCAGGUUGCUUGGGGGAAUGUCAGACCUACGCACACUGGGAGGUAUUGGGCACACUGCAUCCUAGCAUUGGUGGUGAUUGUUUGGGUCUGCGCCGUGUUCUUCAAUGAAUUGCGGGUCUAUAUAAAAGUCCGCCAGGAUUAUCUUACGUCUGCUGAACAUCGGUUAAGAGCCUCUGCUACAACGGUACUUGUAAGCUCUAUUCCACGGAAAUGGCUUUCAAAAGAAGCCCUUGCUGGUCUCUAUGAUGUCUUCCCCGGCGGAAUCCGAAAUAUCUGGAUAAACCGGAAUUUUGAUGAGUUACUAGAUAAGAUUCAUGAACGAGAGCAGGUUUUUAAUCUGCUGGAGACCGCCGAGACGGAGCUUGUGCGAAAAGCUAAAUUGGCCCAAAAGAAACAACUAGAAAGAGAUGAGAAGAAGGCUAGGCGUGAUCAGAGGAGCAAGAAUCCGACCAAAGAGGAGAAAGAUAGAAGACUAAGAUGGGAGAACGAAGCUGCGGAAAGAUUGGCCCAAAGCGAUGGCGGAACGACCACUGGUCACCCAGACCAAGUGCCUCACACAUUCGACGAUGCUAUAGAUGAGGAGCUUCAACGAACUGCGAAUGAGGAGAGAUCUGGAAGAGUGAAAGUUCCUAUCCCCAUCAUAGGCAAUGGACUGGCUGCUGUUGGACAUGGUCUUGGCGCCCUUGGACAAGGAAUAGGGAAGGGAAUUGGUGCCGCAGGAAAUACUGUGGUUGGUGGGGCUCGUAUUCUCGACGAGAGAAUCGAAACCACGAAUGGAUUUACACACAUCGAUUCAUUUCCUAUUCAAGAGGAUGACGUCUACGAUCAGUAUGGCCGUUAUCGCCCAGCUGUAGAGACACAUGCCAAUCAGGCAUCAGUUCCGGAGAACGAGAAACCACAAGACAAUCGAGCAUCUGUUGAUUCGUCUCAGGAUGGUAGAGGUGCCGCUCAUGGGAUGAUGAGACUUCCUGGGAACACUACACGACAUGUAGCCACCAAUUAUGGCGGGGACGGAGCAAAUGAUGGUGUCAGAGGUGAUGAUUGGUGGAAGUUUUGGCAAUGCCCAUCUGGUGGCUUUGCAUCACCUCUACCGAACGGCUAUGAAGGAGAAGAGUUUCCACUCAAUCAGACAGACGGACUCAAGGAUCACGAAUCUUCUCAUCAAGAACCAAAGGCUGGGGUUUUCGGUAAAUUCCUCAGCAUUUUCGAUCCUCUCAGAAGUGAAAAGGUCACUGCUGUUGAGUAUCCUGUUGCGCACAACGUGGACUACACGGAGAAUGCUGUUGGCGCAGUCUGGCAAAAAUACCUCAAGGAAAAGGACCGGCCAACCCAUAGACUUUCUCGCUUCAAAUGGACCCCUGUAUGGUUCCCUGCACUCCCCCUUAUCAACAAGAAAGUCGAUACCAUCUACUGGUGUCGUGGCGAGUUGGCGCGGCUGAACUUGGAAAUCGAGAUGGACCAGAAGCAGCCAGAGAGGUUCCCUCUAAUGAACUCCGCCUUUAUACAAUUUAGUCAUCAGGUAGCUGCCCAUAUGGCAAGCCAAGCAGUUACCCAUCAUAUUCCCAAGCAAAUGGCGCCCAGAACUGUGGAAGUGUCGCCAAAUGACGUUCUUUGGGACAAUAUGUCUAUAAGUUGGUGGGAAGCCUGGCUACGGACCGCCGCUGUUUUUGUUAUCGUAGCAGGCAUGAUCAUACUUUGGGCUAUUCCGGUUGCCUGGACUGCAACACUUUCUCAACUUGCUGCAUUAGCAGACGAAUAUGUAUGGUUGUCCUGGCUUAACGAAAUUCCAGAUAACGUUUUGAAGGCUGUUGCCGGUGUGUUGCCUGCGGCUGUACUUGGGCUUUUGCUGGUCAUUGUGCCAAUAAUCCUGGGCUACUUGGCUCAACUUCAAGGUGCUCAAACUGGCAAAGAAAAGCAACGAUCGGUUCAGAAUUAUUACUUUGCCUUUUUGUUUGUUCAAGUUUUCCUCAUUGUCUCUAUCUCCGGGGGUAUCACAAACAUACUUGCCGCAUCCGCCAAGGACAUCACGUCGAUUCCGGAAACCUUGGCCACUCAACUCCCAAAGGCAGCAAACUACUUCUUCUCUUACAUGAUUCUACAAGCCUUGUCUACGGCUUCCGGUACAUUAUUGCAAGCUUUUACACUCUUGCUUUGGUACAUACUUCCCAAAUUAUUCGACAGUACCGCUCGACAAAAGUGGAUACGAAAUACAACUCUACCAAAAGUGACCUGGGGAACCCUUUUCCCAGUUUAUACCAACUUUGCAUGCAUUGCACUCAUCUACAGCAUUGUUGCACCAAUCAUUAUCAUAUUCGCCCUCAUCACUUUUAGUCUCCUAUGGAUUGCGCACAGAUACAACAUGCUCUAUGUCGUUCGAUUUCAAUUGGAUACUGGUGGGUUGCUCUACCCACGAGCUAUUAAUCAAACGUUCACCGGUCUAUAUGUUAUGGAGAUCUGCAUGGUUGGUUUGUUCUUCUUGGUUCGUGAUGAGAAGGGGAGGACUUCUUGCUUUAAACAAGCAAUCAUCAUGAUCGUAGCCAUCUUUCUUACAGUCAUCUACCAAUUUCUCCUCAACAAGUCAUUUGGGCCAUUGUUUCAACACCUGCCCAUCACUUUCGAGGAUGAGGCUGUUUUGCGCGAUGAAGCUUUCCAACGUGCUCAAGCUCGUCGUCUUGGACUUGUUGAGGAAGAAGAGGAUGUAGAGCAAGGACCAAAAGAGAACGAGGGUAUCGAAUUGUCAACAAUUAAUAAGCGCUCUCACGGCAGCGUAUUGGCCAAAUUGAACCCUGUAAACAUUGUACAGGGAGCCGGUAACUGGGCAAUGAAGUCUGGUCGAGAAAUCAAAACCAAGACCCUUGGCCAGCUCGACGGGAGCCAGGCUCCAGUGCGAAGACGCAGACACAGGGAUGCAGAGGCACGAGCCAAGAUUGCUGACGCAUUAUAUGGAGGCAUCAACGACGACAUUGAAGACUUGACCCCAGAGGAACGAGAUAUCCUCGUCCGACAUGCCUUUCAGCAUUAUGCGCUCCGAGCACGCCGGCCGAUCGUGUGGAUUCCACGAGAUGAUACGGGAGUGAGUGACGAUGAGAUUAAGCGCACGAGGGACUUUGCCGGUGGGAAUAUUUGGAUCAGUAAUGUGGGAGCGGCGUUGGAUGGGAAGGCUCGAGUGGUGUACGGCAGGAAUCCUCCGGAUUUCUCGGAGAUUGAUAUUAUUAAUUUGUAGAUUUUCUCUUUGUGUCCCUUUUUUUUCCCCUUCUCAUCCCAGUUGAGAUGAAGGAUGAAGGAGAAUGGAGAAGGCAGCUGAACAUACUACGCUUUUGGGUACAUACAGAACUUUGAGUGUUCUUGUUCUUGUUUUGUUUGCUUAGGGUGCAUUAUUGAGGAGACGUCUUUUCUUAUAGAUCUCUUCAUCUUUGUAUUCUUCCUUCUUUUUUUUAGCGAGCGGCAUUGGAUCAUGGAGUUUAGAAUGAAUGAGUGGUUGAUUAAUGAUACCAAUAGUAUAGAUUAUGAAAAUACCUAGACCCU